AUAUUAUUAUACGUUUAUUCACUGUUUGAUUCACGUUGAAAUAAGUUGAUAAUUUGACGUAGUAUUAAUGAAAAAAAGCAUAAAUGAAAUUCGUUAGUAAAAAAAAUGAAGAAACCUUCGGUUGUUUUGAUUGCGUUGAUUUUAAUUUUCAAUAUUACAGAUAUAACCUGCAAUGCUUCAGAAACUAUAUUGUGUACAAAUUUAAAUGAUAUAUGUUAUUUUAACGACGAUUGUUGUUCCCAAUAUUGUUUUAAAUCAUAUUUUUGGUUAAGCGGCAUUUGUGACCAAUUAUCAUUGCGAUUUAAUUUUGAUUCAAACCCUAGAGAUCAAAAAGGAAUUUGCGAAUUCCACAUGCAGACAGAUGAAAGUGACAUCGAUUAUUUGAAUGAUGAAUUUGGCGAUAUUAAUGCAGCCCACAAUAGUUUGCCUCCAUAUACACUAAUCAAAGUGUCAUUCGAAACAAGGUCGGUAGUCGUUACAAUAAACGAUCGCAUUCCUAGAACAAAUGGAACACUUUUAGAUUUAUCCAAUGAAGCGGCUCUAAAAUUACAGAUUACAAAUGAAGAAUUUGUGCCAUGUGAAAUCGAAAAAGUGAUACAUCAUAAUCCUAUUCUAAAAAUGAUUUUAUAUACUGUACCAAUUUUGAGUUUUUUCGUGAUUAUGAUUAAUUUAUUUUAAUGUACCUGAUUCACUACCUAUCCCUGAACGUAAAGCUAUUAAAAUUUAAUUAUUGAUUUUA